GUUACGCUCGCUGUCACACCGUUAUUCAAAUGUCUUCCACUCGUCUCCCUGUAGCUGACAUUCAGGGCUUUAAAGUUUCCUACACGCUGAUGUAGCCCUAUACUGUUAACAACAAGUUAUUGAGUUUGUGAAGGCAUUCAGGACUGACUUCAGAAAGAGAGAAUGGACGGUAUUAAAGCAGUAACUCAGAUGAAUGGAGAAUCAAAACAAGAGAAAUGCGAUGAUGCCCUGUCAACGUCCAGUUCACAGAUUGUUUGUGGAGGAUGUCGAAGGAAACUGCGAAGCCUGUUACCAGUAAAUUAUAAAGAAGAAGUUGUACAUUUGGUAAAACUGGCUGGACCAGUGUUUAUAUCUCAGCUGAUGAUCUUUCUGAUCAGUUUCGUCAGCACUGUGUUCUGUGGACACUUGGGAAAAACUGAACUGGCUGGUGUUGCUCUGGCUAUUGCUGUUAUUAAUGUGACCGGGAUCUCUAUCGGCUCUGGUUUGGCGUCUGCAUGUGAUACACUCAUAUCACAGACGUUUGGUGGUAAUAAUCUGAAGCGGGUGGGUGUGAUACUGCAGAGAGGGAUUCUCAUUCUGCUAUUGGCCUGUUUUCCCUGUUGGGCGCUGCUCAUCAACACAGAACCCAUCCUCCUGACUGUAAAACAGAGCCCCAGGGUGGCCAGUCUGUCUCAGCUCUAUGUUAAAAUAUUUAUGCCCGCACUGCCUGCUGCUUUUAUGUACCAGCUUCAGGGCAAAUAUCUUCAAAAUCAGGGUAUUAUUUGGCCUCAGGUCAUCACAGGAUUAGCUGGAAAUGUCCUCAAUGCUUUAAUAAACUACGUCUUCCUUCAUGUUCUUGAACUUGGCGUUGCUGGAUCUGCUGCAGCGAACACAAUUUCUCAGUAUUCAUUAGCUGUGUUUCUCUAUGUCUACAUUCGCUGGAAGGGCCUGCAUAAAGCCACAUGGGACGGUUGGUCCGUUGACUGUCUGCAGGAAUGGGGGGCAUUCAUUCGCUUGGCUUUUCCCAGCAUGCUCAUGCUGUGUGUGGAGUGGUGGACAUAUGAGAUUGGUGGAUUCCUGGCAGGGUUGAUCAGUGAGGCAGAGCUGGGGGCUCAGUCUGUCGUCUAUGAGCUUGCUAAUAUUGCAUUUAUGUUUCCUCUGGGGUUUGCUGUAGCAGCCAGUGUGAGGGUGGGAAAUGCACUCGGAGCUGGAAACACAGAACAAGCCAAACUGUCUGCCAAAGUCUCAUUAGUCUGUGGACUACUUGUUUCCUGUAUAGUUGCAAUCUUUAUUGGAUCCACAAAAGACAUUAUUGGAUACGUCUUCACCAUAGAAGAAGAAAUUGUGCUCAGAGUUUCACAGGUCAUGAUUAUGUAUGGCUUCUUUCAUCUGUUUGAUGCAAUUGCGGGCAUUACAGGUGGAAUAGUCAGAGGUGCUGGAAAGCAACUGAUCGGUGCACUUUGCAACAUUGUGGGAUAUUAUUUUGUGGGAUUUCCAAUAGGAGUGUCCCUGAUGUUUGCUGUGGGCAUGGGUAUCGUUGGUUUGUGGGUUGGGAUGUUUGUAUGCGUCUUCUUACAGUCUAUAUUCUUCAUCAUCCUCAUUUGCAAACUUGACUGGAAGAAAGCAACUGAAGAGGCCUUGGUGAGAGCAGGUGUGCAAAAACUGGAAACUAAAGAUGAAUCUUAUGCGAUGGAAAACAAUGGCUGCACAGAAGACGUUUCAAAGGGUGCACAAAACAUUGAAGAAGGCCAAAGUGACACAAACACAGACCUGGAAGGAGGGAGUGAAAAAGCAGAGACUGGUGUCAUCGUCACAGUUGGAGAGGUCUUGACCACCCGGCAGCUUGUGGUCCGUCGAGGACUUGCUGUUAUUCUUAUGUUGGCUAUCCUAGCUGGAGGGAUUGUGUUGAAUGAGAUGCUUACCAGCUUUCUCAAGUCCACAUAAUCAGUAGUUAAGAAACCUUUUGCCAUUCUUAUCAAAGAUUUAAGGGCAUUCUAUAAGCACAGUGUCUAUUUUAUUUGGGGGAACAUAUAUAUUGACAGCACAGCUUGGGCUGAUGAUGUGAAACUAGCGUGAUCGUAAUUUUUUAGUUUAAUAAUGAGCUCUUUCUUGAUGUAUUAAUCAAACCAAAGUACUCAUUUGUGACGCUAAAAUACUAGGUCACAUAAAAGCAGAAGGCAUUUAGAAACAGCUAAUGUAUGUUCAGCCAUUUUGAUGAUUGAUUGAUACGCACAAUUCGACUAUAGCCAUUCAAACCAAUGUGAGAAACUUGACAAACCAUGACAGCACUUAAAUGUAUAUUGAAUGCAAUAAUGAAAAGAAAGUGAUUCAAAAAAUAUAUUUGGAUGAUAAAGGAUUUUUAAGUGUUUAGAAAUCACUGUUGUACAGGGAAACAUUCAAAGAGUGCUUUAGCUUCCAAUGGCAAGCAUUCAAUUUAGAAACGUAGCUAUUCCUAUCUUAAUAACAUUUUCAGACAGAGUUACGACACAUUUGGCCUGAUAUUUUAAGUUCUGGUGGUAAUCUUGAAUAAAAGAUCAAACUAU